AUGGGGCUCUAUCUCACAGGUGAGGGAACAUUGGAGACAAGCAGUGGGGGAACAAUUAUUCCUAAUGAUGCUCAAUUGAGAAGAAAUAUUCUUGAUGAAGCUCAUUAUACACGGUAUGUUGGACCCUCCCAAGUGCUAAAAAGAGUAAGCCUUUUAGCGUACAAGAUCGAAAUGCCUCAAAGUUUGGCGAGUGUUCACGACUUUUUUCACGUCUCUCAACUGCGGAAGUGUGUUCAUGAUCCUUCACAUGGGAUAAGUUAUGAGCCUCUUGAUCAUCCUAAUCUAACAUAUGAAGAGUUGCCCGUGCAAGUGUUGGAUCACAAAGAACAACAGUUGAGAACCAAAACCAUCCUUAUUGUGAUGAUCUUACGGCAGAAUUACGGUGUUGAGGAAGCCACAUGGGAGCUUGAGCAGCAGAUGCAAGAUAAGUAUCCCCACUUGUUCGAGUGA